AUGAACAGAGUAACAAAAAAACUUGCCCCAGGAAGAGUAUCAGUACCUACUCUGAGAAUUCUGGGCCAACUCAACUUCAGUCUUGUUGACAUUGGCAAGUCUUGCUCACUUUGUGAGAAGACCUUUAAAGAUCACUGGAAUCUUAAAAGACAUUUGCAAAGAUGCCAUGACAUAACGGAAACGGUUGCAGAUGAUAUGAGCAAUGUCCAGGAGACCGAAUAUCAAGAUAUACAGACAAGCGACAACCCAAAAAAUCCGCUUACACCAAGUGAAAGUGUGGAAGAGGAAUCAGACGUUGAUAAUGAAUACUACAACAGUAUCUUAAAUUAUGACGAGUGUGAAGAAAGUGAUGAUGGAAGUAGAUUUGACAAUAGUGAUUUUGAUGUUGAGAAAAACACAGAGCCAAACGCAGGCAUUCCUCUGUUUAAUUACAUCUUGAACAACAUGUCUGCUUUCGCCAAUAACAACGAAUCUUCAAUAGAUGAAGAGGAUGAAUUCCAGAGUGAAGUGUUUAACUCUACCACCUGGAACAGAUUUACACCAAAUACUCAUCCAUUUAAAGAUAUCCAGAUGAUGAUUUUGCUCACACUUGUCAAUAGUGAUAACGACAUGAUUUCUUAUAAAAUGUUAAAGAAGAUAUUAUUUACUAUCAAUCUUCUUCUAAAGAUUCACGAAGAAGCUAUUAGAAAAGACAUUUCUUUCAAGUUGCCCCGGUUAGAUGCACUCUAG